ACCCUAAAUUCUAGACAAAUAUAGAGGAGAACGAUGUUGACGAGGCAGGAGAUUGUGAAUUUUUUGUUAAGCAAAGAUAUUAGGAGACUGCUAAAGCGCAAAGGCAGUGAUGCUAGCGAAACAGGAAGAGCUCUGGAAGAGUUGCGAGCAUCGAUGUUUAACAGUUUCGCUACAUCGGAAAAGGCUAAGAAUCUGCAGCAACGCCUCUGCACUCCGAGCAUUGCGCUUACGUUCAAUUUCUUUGUUGCUAUUGCCAUCAUUUUCAUGAACAAAUGGGUGCUGAAGAAUGCCGGAUUCCAGUUCCCUGUGCUCCUCAGUUUUAUUCAUUACGUAGUAACUUUGGCACUGAUCUCCGUCCUGAAUGCACUGUCUUUGAUUCCUCCGUCUCCACCGUUGAAGUCGACCCCUUUGUUUACUCUCGGACUGGUGAUGUCUCUCUGCACCGGCCUUGCUAAUGUCAGCUUGAAGUACAACAGCGUUGGAUUUUAUCAGAUGGCAAAGAUCGCCGUUACGCCAACGAUCGUUCUGGCAGAAUAUCUAUGGUAUAAAAAGAAAGUUUCUUUCCCCAAGGUGGUUGCACUUGCGGUUGUAUCGAUCGGUGUCGCAGUUGCCACUGUGACCGAUCUGCAGUUCAACCUGUUUGGUGCAAGCGUUGCAUUGUCUUGGAUUAUUCCUAGUGCAUUAAGCAAGAUCCUCUGGUCCAGUCUGCAACAACGGGAGAAUUGGACUGCCUUGGCGUUGAUGUGGAAGACGACGCCGAUAUCGUUGUUUUGUCUACUUAUUAUGAUUCCGAUUUUGGAUCCUCCGGGAGCCUUCUCCUACAAUUGGAACUUCAUCAACACAUCCAUGAUUAUAAUCUCCGGCGUUUUCGGCUUCUUGCUUCAGUGGUCAGCGGCAUUGGCACUCGGGGCAACGUCAGCCAUCUCCCAUGUGGUUCUUGGGCAGUUUAAAACAUGCGUGCUGCUUUUGGGGAAUUAUUACAUCUUCCAAUCGAAUCCGGGCGCGACCAGUAUCUGCGGAGCCUUCAUAGCGAUUGCAGGAAUGACAUAUUACACAUACCUGAGUUUAGAAAAAGGGAAGAUCAGAUCAGGGAAACAAUCUCCUCGGAGGGUGGACGAGCAGGAAGCCAAUGAUGUUAAUCCUGACGCCUUCAAUGGACAACCUGCUUAACUUUAAUGGCGAGAAAAUUGCAUGAUUGGUCAACUAAAUGUUUGU